AUGGCGCCACGCAAAGGCAAGAAGAAAGCUACCAAGGACGACGACGACUUCGGAACGUACAACGACCGGCUGAAGAACAAUACGCACGUCAACAAAAUGAUCGCGUCGUUCGAGAAGAACGGAAUUCAGUGGGGGACGCAGACGAACGCACUUCCCAUCGUCAUCGAGAGAUCACGCAUUUCGCCUGGGCAAACAUUAGAGGGCAGCUGGACAGACUCCACGACGUUAAAGGAAGUGAAAUUCAGAGAUCAGGAGCCACUUAUCUUCGCAUCAGGUCAGCAUCGUGUCGCUGCAUUGAAGAAAUACACAAAGAGAUUCUCGGACGAAGCAGAAGAGCUUCAAGCGCGACUUACGCAUCUGGAGGGAGAGGAGAGUAUAACGAAGGAGGAGGCAGAGGAGCAUGCAGAUCUGCGCAUACGACUUGGGGAUAUCAAAGGCCACUUGACCAAGACAGGAAUGUGGGGAGUCGUCCUCUAUGACAAAGUCAAGGUCAAAGUGGUCGCCCUCUCUCAUCAACCUAGGGCUGACACACAAUUUGUGCGCGCCCUCAGCAAAACCCAUGCCGGGCUGCCCAAAGGUGAUGGCAUGUCAGCCAAAGUCCACAGGGGAAGUCAAGUCAAGUCAAAGUCAAGAGAACCAAAAAGCGAACAGUCCAAGGGAAAGCCAAGAGAUGUGACGAUCGAUGAACCAAAAGUCAAAGAGAGUCGUAGAUCAAGGAACCAAACAAAAGUCAAAGUGGAGAGAGAUGAAAAUCGAAGAAUGAGAGAGGCAAAGGAAACAGUGAAAUUGAAAGCGAAGAGAUGGAACGAUGAACCAAACGUCAAAGUGAAAGUGAAAGUCAAAGAGAGGGGAAUGGAGGAGUCCAGAGAUAAGAUAAUGAAGGAAUGA